AUGCAGAAGCAGAAAGGUUGUACUUUGCUACUGAAAGCCGGUAGAAGUACCGCAUAUUCGAGUGUAGUACUGAUAAGCUUCUUUAUUUAUGCUUUCCUACUGAAGUGGAAAACACUUAUUGAAGAGGAAACACUAUAUCUGAGUUUAAAUCAUGAUGUAUUUGAGCUUAUUAGGACGAGAGCUUUAGACAAAGAGUUAAUUCACGGAUAUGACAAAGUAAAAGUUUCUGGUGGGUUUCUGUAUAGAAGUCAACUUGCAAUCGAAGAUAUUCAUCUAUCAACAGAUGCUGAAAAUUAUGCAGAAAAAAUAUUUCGCGAAAAAGGAACUGGGUACAUAGACUAUCAAAUGCCAGACAGUGCUUGGAGGACGGUUGAUUAUGGAUACGUUUCUUUUCCCUCUCUACGUGAUUGCAAAUACCAAGGAGCUUCAGGGGAGUCAAUUUUUUUGAGCUCAAUGUUAGCAGCAGAAGGGUUUCGACCAAAGCUAAUAUCAAAUUUCAUUCAACACUAUGAAAAACUUGGAGUCAGAAAUGAAAAGAUGUUAUUCACUAUUCAGAUCACUGACAAUGUUGAGUCAAAAGUUUUGAGCAAUCUUAUCAGUAUUUUGAAAUCGAAAGGUGUCUACUUUGACGUUUUUUUGGGAAAGUGGUCUUCAGAGGCUUUGAUGUAUCAUCAGGCACAUAAACUCUUACACUGCACGUCAAGGGAAGAUUGGAUAAUAGUCGCUGAUUCAGACGAGUUUCACGAAUAUCCAGGUAAUAAUGUUUCAGAAUUUCUUUUUAAAAUAGGGGCGCAGGGAUACAAUGUGGUGAACGGGAUUUUUCUAGAUCGGGUCGCUUCAAACGGUAAUCUACUUGAACUUACGGGCAAUGAAAAGUUGUUCAAAAAGUUUAAUCUGGGCUGCAGACUGCACAACAAGUUUCAUUUGGGAACCCCCAAAAAAGUAAUGGCGUUUAAAGGUUAUCUUAGAAUAAAUCGCGGUCAUCAUCGACUUGCUUUGUGCUGGUUUUGGACUCGGAGAAAUUAUUUACACCUCACCCCGUGGUCAGAAUGUCCACCAAAAAAUGAAGACGAGAUAAAACCUUUUGAAAAAAGAUUAAAUGUGCAUCAUUUCAAGUGGAUGAAAGGGCAAUAUGAAGCAACAUCCCAUAAAGCAAUGGUUUGGAAGGGCUCAUCAGUCGAAGUUUCGUAUCUUAGAGUAUUAGAGCACUUAAAAAAGUGUGGAGGAAUAUGUGUCUUAAAUCCGGAGUUGAAAUGCACAAAGAACUUAUCCCCUUUCAUGCGUUCGUGA